CGGGAAUUUCGGACGGGGCGGAAGGAGCGGCGGUCGGGCCUGGGCACGGAGGAGGUAUUUGAAGUCAGAGUCUGCUUUUAGGGUGUAGUUUUUUUUUUUUUUUAGGAGGGACGAUGCCAUAUAAGAAGACAACUGCUGGAAAAAGAGCCCCUGCAAAAAGGAAACUCGCUGAAGUGUUUGCUCUGGGGGAGGUUCUAGCAGAUACAUCAAGAAAAGAAUGGAAAUUAGGUGUCCCUAUAGGGCAAGGAGGCUUUGGACGCCUGUACCUUGCUGAUGUUAAUUCUUCAAAGUCGGUUGGCAGUGAUGCACCUUAUGUUGCAAAAGUGGAACCCAGCCAGAAUGGACCUCUUUUUACUGAGUUAAAGUUCUACAUGCGAGCUGCUAAGCCAGACGAAAUUCAGAAGUGGACUAAGUCCCAUAAACUGAAAUAUUUAGGUGUACCAAGAUAUUGGGGUUCUGGCUUGCAUGAAAAAAAUGGAAACAGUUAUCGAUUUAUGAUAAUGGACAGAUUUGGCAGAGAUCUUCAGAAGAUGUAUGAAGAGAAUGCAAAGCGAUUUUCCCAUAAAACUGUACUACAAUUAGGCCUGAGAAUACUUGAUAUUCUGGAAUACAUCCAUGAGCAUGAAUAUGUGCAUGGAGACAUCAAGGCCUCAAACCUUCUUCUGAGUUACAAGAACCCUAAUCAGGUGUACUUGGUGGAUUAUGGACUUGCGUUCCGAUACUGUCCUGAAGGAGUUCACAAAGUAUAUAAAGAAGAUCCUAAAAGGUGUCAUGAUGGAACUAUUGAAUAUACCAGUAUUGAUGCACACAACGGUGUGGCACCAUCAAGACGUGGUGAUCUGGAGAUCUUGGGUUACUGUAUGAUUCAUUGGCUUAGUGGCCAUCUACCAUGGGAGGAUAAUUUGAAAGAUCCAAAUUUUGUCAGAGACUCAAAAAUCAGAUGUAGAGAUAAUGUUUCAGUUUUGAUGGACAAAUGCUUUCCUGGGAAAAAUAAACCAGAUGAAAUAGCCAAAUAUAUGGAAAAGGUAAAGCUACUGAGCUAUGAAGAGAAACCUGUUUAUCAGCAUUUCCGAGAAAUACUUCUGCAAGGUCUUAAGGCCAUUGGGCAAAAAGAUGAUGGUGUACUUGACUUCGGCUUGUCAGAAAAUGGAGACUUGAAAACAAAUCCCACACAAAAGAAAAAAAGAAAGGCAGCAGCUACAGCCAAUGAGAGCACUGAAGCAGAAAUGGAAGAUACAGGAAGUCCAGAAAAAAAGAAACCUACUUCUUCUAAUGCGGUAGCUACCAGAACCCGGAAGAUUACCUCACCAAAACCCAAGAAAGUCACAGCAACCAGAAAGAGAGUCCAGAAGUAAAUAGUAGAUGGAGCAAAUUAAGUUGCUCUUUGGCUUAUCUCUGGGUUUUUUUCAGUUACUGUAGCACUGGAAUCUUUUUCUUUCCUUUUUUAAAUGAUGAAUCCUGUAAAAACACGGACUGCUGUUUGUACCUGUUUUUGAAGAAUAAAUGUUUUAUUAAAAUAUUUGCAUAAUUUAUGUAUACUUAAAUACUAAUGCAAAAUUUUGCCAACUUUGAAGUGAGGAUGCAUUUUUAUUCUUUAUAUACACAAAUUCAUAUCUUAAAGGUGAACUGAAAGUGCUUUUUUCUGCUCUAUAAUGUAGAAAUAAAGCCUUAUUUAGUUUUGUUAUGGGUAUUUUAUAAGGAACAGCAGUGUUGCAUCUGACUUCUAAUUUUGCGUAAAGCCUUAUUGGAGGUCACUUAGAUUACACUGAGAUGAAGUCCAAAAUGGUAGAGACAUCUUUUAAAUAUUUCUCAAGUGUUUGAAUUAAAAAAAGAGAACAUAAGACAAAAAUCAAAUCCUUUCCAUUCUAGUUUGUUAUAUAAUGUGUUUAAACAAUUCUUUGGAGGACAGGUAGCAAAUUUUAGGUUGGGUUGUUGGUUUGUUUUUUGUCUUUUUUUUUUUGCGUAGUAUUUGUGUUUGUAUCACUUUUCCAAUUAUUCAGAGUUUCUCUCAAAACAAGGAGACCAGAAUUUCAGACAUAGGGCCCAGGGCAAAGAAAAGAACCAACCAAAACCCAAUGCCAAUUCUCCUCCCCCCCUCAGUAUUUCUUUUUAUGUUAGUGAAAAGGCUACAAAAGUUAUAGUUUUGAAGAAUAACUUUGUGAAGUAUCUAGUUCCAGUGAAAGCUUGACUCAUGUGCUUCUCAUAACAAAAUAAUGGUUUACCUCUUUUUAGUAGUUGAGAAGCACAUAACCUUUCUUAAAAGUACUUCCUUGCUUGGCUUUGAGUCGUCUUGUCAGAGUUGCAAGUCAAAAAAUGCAGUGUUUAAUUUACCACUACUUUUCACUUAGAUACUGCAAAAUUACAUCUAAUUUGGACAUGAACAUUAUUCUUAUCAAGGAGACUGCUUUAUGAAGUUUGGCAAACCAAAAGAAAUUGUUAUGAGCCAAUGGGUGGUGUAUUUGUGUGGAUGUCCAGUGCUCUGCUUGCUUGAUUGUGUAAUGUCUGAGUAGCUACUCACUGAAAUAAAUAAGUUGUAGCAUAAAAUGUUGAAUGAAUGAUGAGGUUAUGUUUUGAAAACAAGGGAAUCCGUUGUUUUGAAAUAAAACUGGAAUAACAUAUUUAAAA